AUGGCCUGCGACUCGGAGGUGCUGCGCUUCCAGUUCGCGCAGCAGGGCGACGCGGUGCUGCAGCGCAUGAACCUGCUGCGGCAGCAGAACCUCUUCUGCGACGUCUCCGUCUACAUCAACGACACCGAGUUCCCCGGCCACAAGGUGAUCCUCGCCGCCUGCUCCGCCUUCAUGCGCGACCAGUUCCUGCUCACGCAGUCGCGGCAGGUGCGCAUCAGCAUCCUGCAGAGCGCCGAGGUGGGCAGGAAGCUGCUGCUGUCCUGCUACACCGGCGCGCUCGAGGUCAAGAGGAAGGAGCUGCUCAAGUACCUGACCGCCGCCAGCUAUCUCCAGAUGGUGCACAUCGUGGAGAAGUGUACCGAAGCGCUCUCUAAAUACCUGGAAAUCGACGCCUCCGUGGAGAGCGGCGAUCGGGACGCGGAAGGGUGUCACUCUUCCGACGCCGGGCCGAGAAGCGGGGACGACGCUGCGGACAAGGACUGCGAAAUAAUAGAGAUUGCCGAAGACAGCCCGGGUGACGCGGAGCGCGCCGUUAAACAGGAGAAGGGGGAUCUCUCGCGGCCUGCAGUGCAGAGCCUAAUGGCAGAAAGAAAGGACGCCAGAACCCCAGAGGUAUCAACAGUUGAGAUCGGCUAUAAGGACGAUGAAAUUUGUAUCUUCAGGAUGGAUUCUAUGAGUGGAGCUAGUGUAGAAAACGAUCGUUUUCCUCAGCCUUGCACUUCCUCUAAAACAAGCUUGUAUUUUCCAGAAACCCAGCACUCUUUGAUAAAUUCUACAGUUGAAAGCAGAAAUACAGAAAUGCCCGGAAGUCACUUUCAGGCUUUUGUCAGUGAUAAUCCAGAAGGAACUUCGAGUGCGGUGAAUGGGUUUCAGAGUCUGGACGAUCCUGGUAAUUCAUGGCGGCACCAAUGCCCAAAAUGCCCCAGGGGGUUUCUGCAUCUUGAAAACUAUCUCAGGCAUCUGAAAAUGCACAAACUCUUCUUGUGUUUGCAGUGCGGCAAGACAUUUACGCAAAAAAAGAAUCUCAACAGACACAUCCGGGGGCACAUGGGUAUCCGCCCCUUCCAGUGCAUGGUGUGCUUGAAGACGUUUACUGCCAAAAGUACGCUCCAGGACCACUUGAAUAUACACAGCGGCGACCGGCCCUACAAGUGUCAUUGUUGUGACAUGGACUUUAAACACAAGUCUGCUCUUAAAAAACACCUGACUUCUGUUCAUGGAAGGAGUAGCAGUGAAAAACCAAACCUGAACAGUAUUACAAAAGUUAAGAUAGACUAUGAUUAAUAAAUGGGCAGAGGUGGAGCCAGGCUCCACCAGAUGCUCCUGUCUAAUGAUGUUCUAGAUGUUCAACGGAUUCCCCCCUUAACAGAGAGAAGCGCAGAUACCUGAUGGGUGAUCAAAGCCAGGCCCUUGCUAGUAGUAAACUUGUCUGUUGUAUUAAGGCUGCUAUUGGUGUACGUGUUCAGAAGCUGUUUAGUAGUUUAAAGUAAACCACAAACUAUGAGAAAUGAUUUUAUGUUUCUCUUCUGGUAUCCAUGAUGUGGAUAUCUGUUCCAAUUUUUUUUUCCCCCAGUCAGGUUUUGCACUCUGCUGUUUUGAGGGCAAGUGCUGCCAGUUUUCAAAGUAUUGUUGAUAUUGCAAUAAGCUGAAGCCUGAGCCAUGAUGUUCCUGAUCCAUAAUGGCUAAGGAAAGGGGAUGUUUAUUCAGUCACCUGUACCCAUUUCAUAUAUCAUUUCAUGGUGAAAUCAGCUUUGUACAUGACCAAAUUUUGCUGAUUCUUUCAACAAAAAGCGUGUUGUCUUAUUCAAGUCUGUGAUAGUUCAGAAACAAGCAAACUAUAGUUAAGGAAACUUUGAAGUUGCCUUGUACAAAUAGAGAACUGGUAAAAGACAAAAGCAAACAUUAUUGCCUUGCAAUUCAUUUUUAACUGGAUAGUCUCAUUAAAAGGACUUGCAUUCAGUUUUAUGAAUGAUUUGUGAAUUUUUCUAAACUUCUGAUCACAUUUUUUCUGUCAUGUUGGUGUUCAGCACCCUUAUUUGACUUAAUCCAAGUUAAUCCUGCUUGCUGAGAUGUUUUGUUACAUUUGUCUUCUUUUUCUUCUUUAUAGAUUUUAGAUAUAUACACUAAUGUUAAAACCUGGACUGUGCACUGUUAUGUAAUAGCAGUUUCUAUAUUCAUUUUGAAAAUCAUACAUUAUAUGUUAAAAGGAAGAUUUUAGACAUGGCAGUUUUCUCACACUAAUUCUGUGAUAAACAGUACUGUGUGUGCUUGGGUAGGUAUGUUCGUGCUUUGUCAAGGGUCAUUUCAGUUUCAUCACAAGCAUCGAAAGCCCUGUAACUCAGAAUCUUUAUCUUGUACCUGUUUUUAACUGGUAUAUGUUACUUCUGCUUAAUGUGACGUGAAUGAACUGUCAGUUCAGUUGUUAUUAUGAGUAAUGCUACUUACAUUAGAGUCUGUCCAAUUAGCAGAAGCAGUAGUUCUUAAUCUUGUCUGUAUCAUGUACCUUGCUCAAGUUUCAGAAGUGCUGUUGUAAAGUCCUAGCUCUGAGUGCCCGAGCUGCAGAAGUCUGGCACUUAUGCUGCAUUAACUUGGCUGUUUAAAAACUGUUGUCUUAUAUUUUAAUAUGUCAGUUAAUGGGUUUAACUUAUUUUUAUUGCAUGUAUCUGUGGGUGCAUCAGGCAUCGGUGUUCUAUUCAGCAGCUCCUUGAGGGUUUGGUUACGUACAACGCACUGUGCUGUUUGCUAUUAUCAUCUGUAAUAGGAAAGGUUAGCUCUGCCAGUGUUACUACUGUCUUAUCUAUUGGACGCAUCACUUGGAGAGUUUUAAACAUGCUUCAGGAUGGAUUUUUAAGCUCUUCAUUUGAUAUCAAUCAGUAUUUUAUUAAUAAAUGUGUAUUAUUGGAUUGCAGUGAUAUUUGCAGGGCCCAGUUCAGACUAGGGUUGGUCAUGUAUGCCUUCCUCAAAAAACAUAGUCUAGAUAGAUAAGUAGUAUAUUCUGUUAUGAAUCAGAAGCUGAGUGAGUCACUAGUGCUGUAUUUCUCCAAAAAAUCACUGGAAAAUGCUUGACUUUACAGGUACAGUUAGUUGACUUCUGAAGGACUCCUUCAUUGUACUGAUUCAUCGGAAAAGCAUGCGUGCAAACUCUGCAUACCAGUGUGUCCCUAUGAACAGUGACAAAAAUGACACACCCAGGGUAGUGCUAGUGUAACUGUGAAUUAAAAUUACCUGUUGAACCCAGUGCUUUAAGCGUAAGGCCCAACCUUUCACAGUCUCUGCUCUUACAUUGUAUUGAAAGUUACUCAUUUAUUAAAUCAUUAUUAUUUUAGUGAUUUCAGCUAUAAUAACUCUCGUGCUAAUGUUUGGGCAUCAUCUCGUUUAUGGUGCCACUGGCUCACAUUUUGGAACAGCUGCAUUUCACAGUGCUUUCUUUUGUUUGUGAUCGUCAGUCAAUGUUUACAGGCUUUUUGACCUUGUGAUUAGCACGGAGUUCGCUUGUGUUUCACAAAAUACCAUUAUCACAAGCAUGUUAAUAUCAUGCACUUGCAAUUCCUGUAUUUACAGAUGUUAACUUGGGCAUAUGUACAUGUUUGUAUGUAUGUGGCUUUUCAUUUCAUCACUUAUUUAAAAUAAAGUCCUUCAUCUUUGAAAGAGGGGGAAAAAGAUUAUUUCCCUGAACCUGAUCUUUUUACACUGUGUUGCUGUUACUGUAGUUCAAUAAAUAAAUGUAUUGUGCAGUUAUGGGACAGGUUUGGUUUAACUGUUUUUAAAAUUUGUUCAGCUAAUACACAUUUUUGGCAAGAGUAUGGCUCUCAUUGAUAGCACUUCAAGGGAUCAUUCCUUGUGUUUUGUUUGACCGGUUCUUAUAGGUGUAUGCAUGGAAGUUUCCCUGUGUGACAAAGGGGAGAUAGAGGCUGAUCUUCUGAAGUGCAUCUUCUGUGGGAGCAGAUUGACUAGUUUUUCUUUCUGCUGUUGUACUGCAUGUAAACAUGAGAGGGAGUUGUGUUGUGUAAUGGGCCAACUGCAUGUUUUGUUCUGUGGCUGGAGUGUCUUUUUGAUAAGCUUUGUUAUCAAAAACUGAUUUUGUGCACGUGUUCACAUAAAAGGUGUUUCUUCUCCCCUUUCCUUACAUGUAACCACUUGU